AUGAUCCUCGCCACAUCAUCGUCCCGUUCUUAUUUGGCGCGCGUCCUGUCCCGCUUUCUGCUCUUCUCCACCCUCAUCCUGGCGCUCAGCGUGGCUCUCAAGACCCGCUCCCGUCUCUCUCUUCUGUUCCCCUCCUUCGCCCCUCCUUCCUCCUUCUACCACACAACCACCAUGUCUUACACACAAGAACGCUACAUCGCCGAGCUGGCCGUCCAGCGCGCCUGUCUCCUUACCCAGAAGGUCUUCUUUGAGAAGGCAAAGGGUACCGUCUCCAAGGAUGACAAGUCCCCCGUAACAAUUGGCGACUUCGGCGCCCAGGCCCUCAUCAUCCAGGCUAUCCGCAAGAACUUCCCCAACGACGAGAUUGUCGCCGAGGAGGAGGCUAGCUCCCUGCGCGAGGACAAGGACCUCAGCGCUGAGAUCUGGCGCCUCGUUAAGGACAUCAAGCUGGACGACGCUGAGAGCGAUAACAUUCUGGGUGGUGCUCUUACUAGCGAGGAGAGCAUGCUGGACAUCAUCGACGAGGGCAAGAGCGCCGGUGGAGCUAAGGGCCGUAUCUGGGCUCUUGACCCCAUCGACGGUACUAAGGGUUUCCUCCGUGGGGGCCAGUACGCCGUUUGCCUGGGUUUGAUCGUUGAUGGAGAUGUCAAGGUUGGUGCCAUUGGUACUCCUAACCUGCCCGUCGAUGAUGCCGCCACCAUCGAUGCCAGCACCGGCGCCCAGCAGGCUAACUCCUCCGCCAAUGGUGUGCUUUUCUCCGCUAUCCAGGGCGAGGGUGCUACCAGCCGCCCUCUGGCAAGCGGCGCUCUUGCUACCGCCAAGUCUAUCUCUAUGCGUCCUGUCUCCGAUAUUGCCCAGGCUGUCUUCUGUGAGGGUGUUGAGGCUGCUCACUCUGCUCAGGGUGACAACGCUGCUGUCGCUGAGCUAUUGGGUAUCACUGCCCCAAGUGUGCGCUUGGACUCGCAGGCUAAGUACUGCUCCAUCGCUCGUGGUGCUGGUGACAUCUACCUUCGCUUGCCUGUGAAGAAGGAUUACCAGGAGAAGAUCUGGGAUCACGCUGCUGGUGAUAUAAUUGUUCGCGAAGCUGGUGGUCAAGUCACUGACAUCUACGGCAACCGCUUGGACUUCAGCAAGGGCAGGACCUUGGCUGCUAACAAGGGUGUUGUUGCGGCCCCCAAGGCCAGUCAGGACCAAGUUAUUGGUGCCGUCAAGACUGUCUUGAAGCUGUAA